ACGGGGGGAAAGGAAAGCGAAGUUACCCAGAAGGCUUUCUGUGUAGGAGCAAAACCCGGAAGUGGACACUCUUAGAGGUGCACGCCGCAAAACAACGGAGAGUCGUCGUCUCGGGGAGAAGGGAAAGAUUGCGGGAGCCCGCGAAGGAGUCGAACCGUUAUAGGCAGACGGUGUGUGUGUGCUGAGAUUGCGGCGGCAGGGACCUGAACAAUAAUGGUUUCUGCAAAGCAGCUGGCAGACAUCAGCUACAAGACGUUCUCAGGCUCCAUGAUGCUCCUGACUCUGUAUGGUGGCUACCUCUGUAGUGCCAGAGUAUAUCGUUUUUUUCAGAGGAAGAGUCUCCAGAAGCAACUUGAGCAGGAGCAGAUAAAUGCAGCAGCAGUUAAGGACUGAAUAUUGUUCCUACGUCUGAUUAGGAUGCUUGAUGAAUGCCAGACUACUGUGUUACAGAUGAUCUUACCGAAAAGCCCAGUUUAAGGAAUCUCUGGUGCAAAGAAAAGGGACUUGAACCAUCACCAGUGGCAUUUCAGGCGAUGAUGUUUAAGAAUGUGCAAACGUCUAUCUGAUUGUAUAGUAGUUCAAUGUUUUGCAUGCACCUUCUAUUCCUUUAAAUAGAAGCUGAUGUCUGACAGCAUCUUAUGAUGAA